AUGCCAGGAAGAUUGAAUGAAUCAUCUAGAGGUUCGGUAUCAGCGUUAGAGACAGGAAGUGGAGGAGAUGCGCCAGUGAAUCGACGAUGGAAUAAUCCAGUAUGGCGCCGUUCUUCUGAUAGGACGUCGUUGAGACAGUCUUCUGUAUUAGAUUUGGCAGAUUCUUUUGGUUUGGUGUCUCUAUUUUCACAAUAUCCGGCAACAGAGUCUGAUGAACCACAAACUUCUUCAGAAGUUUUUGAAGUUAUGGAAACAGUAGAUCCUUCUCUGUUCCGUAAUGUAUCGAAUAUAACAGGGACAUCUGAAGGUGAAUCAACUGGGUUAUAUACCUCGUUAGCGUCAUCGUUGAAUCUUUUACGGCGACGUGAAAUGAGGCUUCGUGAAAUGCGUGCACGAGUGGAUGGUAUGGCAGAAAGGCUUGCAUUGAUGCGUGAAAUACGUUCAACAGCAAGGCGUGUGUCUCCUAUUAGGAUGGCUUCAUCAUCAUCGCAUGCUUCGUCUUCUACUACUUUGCCAACAGAGCCGAUGACAUGGCCGUCUAGUGCAGUAAGAAAUGCACUACGCGAAACACUGUUUGCGUCAGAUGCGUUUACGGAUGCAAAUGGUAAUGCUUGGCCAGAUGAUAAAAUGUUAUCUGAGUUGGAUGAUUCACUGAAUACUCGGCAUGCAGUUUUGGAUGGGGAGUUUUCUGAUACUUCUACAUCUUUGUAUCCUUCUAUACUUUCCUCUUAUCGUAUAAUUGACGGUGUUCUUUUUAACUUGGAUGGUGAGCAAGUAGGCCGUCUCUCAGCUUUAAAUACGGAACUUAGAAGCUGCAAAGAACUCUAUGAUGAAAUGGCAAUGCAUAGUUCAUUUUUAUCUGAUCGCAAUGAUGAUAGUUCGUUAUAUUUUUAUAGCACGAUUGCUCAUAAUGAAAGUAAACAAAAGAGACGGAAAUAUUCAGUCGAUUUAUCUGCUGGACGCUAA